AUUAAGGAAGGUUGUGUAGUAAAUGUGAGUCUUCACCAUUACUGUAUGAAGUAGAUUUGUAUUCCUUGUGUUCUGUGGAAUGAAUUGAUAGCUGAUAGAACAACCAAACGGCAGUGACGUAGAGCUGGUAAAUAAAAAUAUAUAUAUUAUUUAUAUUUUACUACUAAGUAAUUGCAAUUAAAAACUUUCUCAGAGAGGUUCGGAAAUAAUCACACACCAAAAGGCAAAGCCAUGGAUGCGCCAAAAACUUCUGAUAUUAUUUUGCUUGCUGGAAAUUCACACCCUGAAUUAUCCAACUUGAUUGCCAGGAGGUUGGGAGUAAACACGGGAGAAUGUUCUGUGUAUCACAAGAGCAACCGGGAAACCAUGUUUAAAAUUGGUGACUCCGUUCGUGGAAAAGAUAUCUUUAUUAUACAGACAGGAACUAAGGAUGUAAACAAUAAUAUAAUGGAAAUGCUUAUAAUGGCAUAUGCUUGUAAAACCUCCUCCGCCAAGUCUAUAGUUGGAGUUAUUCCAUACUUGCCUUAUAGUAAACAGUGCAAAAUGCGUAAACGUGGCAGCAUUGUGACCAAAUUGCUCGCCCAAAUGAUGGUCAAAUCAGGCAUGACACACAUUAUUACCAUGGAUUUACAUCAAAAAGAGAUUCAAGGAUUUUUUGAUUGCCCUGUCGAUAAUUUAAGGGCCAGCCCCUUUUUACUUCAGUAUAUUCAAGAGAGUAUUCCAGAUUAUAGGAAUUCAGUAAUUGUGGCAAGAAACCCGGGUUCCGCAAAGAAAGCUACUUCAUAUGCAGAACGUCUUCGUUUGGGUAUAGCAGUAAUUCAUGGUGAACAAAAAGAAGCCGAAUCUGACGAAGUGGACGGGCGUUAUUCGCCGCCCACAGUUCCAAGGUCGAGAACAAUGGACGCUGGAGUGGGGGUACCCAUUCAUAUCGCCAAAGAGAAACCUCCAAUAAAUGUUGUUGGUGAUGUUGGAGGUCGGAUCGCAAUUAUGGUCGAUGACUUAAUAGAUGACGUUCAGUCCUUUGUCGCCGCCGCUGAAGUAUUAAAGGAGCGUGGAGCAUACAAAAUUUAUGUCUUAGCCACCCACGGGUUACUCUCCUCAGAUGCUCCGAGAUUAAUUGAGGAUUCCCCUAUAGACGAAGUGGUUGUUACCAACACGAUUCCACAUGAGCUGCAAAAAAUGCAGUGUCACAAGAUCAAAACGGUAGACAUAUCGAUUUUGCUCUCUGAAGCCAUAAGGAGGAUCCACAACAAAGAAUCUAUGUCCUAUCUGUUCAGGAAUGUAACCCUGGAAGACUAAUUAUAUUUUAAUAAGUUUUUUUCUUUGGGAGUGGAGAAUGAAGAUAAAACUAAUCAUUUGCAGUUAUAUCUCAGUGUGAAAUGGGUAAUCAGGGGAGUUUUGUUAUUGUCAAAUAUUAUCAGUAUUAACAAUGACAAUAUAUGUGUGUGGGGAGAAAUAAUCAAAUAUUUCCACUGUAUGGGUCCUUUAUAUUUUUAGUUAUAUAUUAUAAGGCACUUUUUAGAACUGUAUGAUUAGUAUUGAAAUAAAUCAUCAUAUUUAUUGUAGGUCAAUAACAAUUAUAGGAACAAAUAUAGGAGCUCUAAAUACCAUAGAAAUAAAAUGACACUAUAUUUUGCACAUAGGACCAUAUGAAACGGGAAUUUAAUAAAACCAAAGGUAAACUCUUAAAUCAUUUUACAAAAUACAAUAUAUUAACUUCAACUCCACAAACUGUACAAAUUUUUUUAAAAUGCAGUU